GCGGACGGAACUUGGACCGAUUGUGUCACCAUGCCUGCCUUUUGCUCUGCGUACGGCUGUACGAGCACCGGCAGCCAAGACGAUGUUCUUGGACAAAUGCUUUCUGGAGAUGCAACCAGCGGGCACACUCCAAGACCAAGUCAUUGCAGCGAAAGAGAUUAUGACGACAUCGCAACUGAGCCAGUGUAUGAUGCAGCACCGGGUCUGAAUUGCGAGUCGGGAGAAGCUGUAGAAACAUCACUCGAGCCAGCAUGUGAGGCGGGCCAGGUCACCGAUAAGUCUGUUCAAGUGCGACUACUAACCCGCCACCAAGCAUCACAAGCAGAUGAAAAGAAAAUUCUGUCAGCAAGUGCUACACAAACAGAGCCUCAAGCUGUUUCUUCAGGUGCCUUGCCUUUUGCGUCCCUGGAGUCGUCUUCUUCAUUGGCGCCUGUACGCGGUCGACUGCAUUCCUGCCAGCAGUGCACCUAUGUGACACGAAAUACGGCACAGUUGACGAGACACCUUGGGAAACACAUGGGCGAGCGCCCCUUCCAGUGCCGCAUGUGUCCAGCUACAUACACUGAGGAAUCCAAGCUGGUGGCUCACCUGCCCACUCACGCAGGAGAGCGUCCCUUUUCCUGUGUCCACUGCAACGCAUCCUUUUCGCGGAAAGAUUCCCUCAAUAUCCACAUGCGCAGGCACACAGCAGAGCGUCCCUUUUCCUGUACCCACUGCAAUGCCUCCUUUUUGCAGAAAUACGACCUCGUGAGACACAUGCGCACGCACACAGGAGAGCGUCCCUUUUCCUGUGUCCACUGCAAUGCAUCCUAUUUGCUGAAAUACCACCUCGUGAGACACAUGCGCACGCACACAGGAGAGCGUCCCUUUUCAUGUGUCCACUGCAAUGCAGCCUUUGCGCGGACAGACUAUUUGAAUUUGCACAUGCGCUCUCACACAGCAGAGCGUCCCUUUUCCUGUACCCACUGCAGUGCCUCCUUUUUGCAGAAAUACUACCUCGUGAGACACAUGCGCACGCACACAGGAGAGCGUCCUUUUUCCUGUGUCCACUGCAAUGCAUCCUAUUUGCACAAAUGCCACCUGGUGGCGCACAUGCGCAUUCACACAGGAGAACGUCCCUUCUCCUGUGUGCACUGCGACGCAACUUUUGUGGAGAAAAAGAACCUCGUGAGACACAUGCGCACGCACUCUGGAGAGCGUCCCUUUUCCUGUGUACACUGCAAUGCAUCCUAUUUGCAGAAAUGCCACCUCGUGGCGCACAUGCGCAUUCACACAGGAGAACGUCCCUUCUCCUGUGUACACUGCAACGCAACUUUUGUGCAGAAAAAGAACCUCGUGAGACACAUGCGCACGCACUCUGGAGAGCGUCCCGUUUCCUGUGUCCGUUGAAAUGCCUCGUUUGUGAUGAAAGGCUACCCCGUUCAGCACAUGCGCAUUCACACAGGAGAACGUCCCUUCUCCUGUGUACACUGCAACGCAAGUUUUGUGCAGAAAAAGAACCUCGUGAGACACAUGCGCACGCACUCUGGAGAGCGUCCUUUUUCCUGUGUCCAUUGAAAUGCCUGAUUUGGGAUGAAAGGCUGCCCGUUCAGCACAUGAGCACUCACACACGGGAGCGUCGCUUCAUCUUUGUGCACUGCAAUGCGUCCUUUUCGCGAAAAACCGGCCUCGUUGUGCACAUCCGCAGUCAUACAGGAGAGCGUCCCCACUCAUGCGUUCUCUGCAAUGUAUCUUUUUCACAAAAAUACCAGCUGACGAACCACAUGUCCCGUCGUCAUGAAAGCAAGAAGCCAUAAAGGUGUUGGGCCUCUGGGCUAACCUCAAAGAGGAGGAUGACAGUUUGUUCUUUAGAAUUGGCCGUGAAAGUUUUGUUUAAAGGAGCACUAAAGCCAACUAACAUUUUAUCUCAGAGUGAAAGGUCAUUCAUUGGUUACGUCUAAAACGUCAGUGUUAUCAACAGCAAUGCUCUACUAAUCGAGAAAUAAAGUAAGUGUAGUUAGGGGGCCCCGAUGGCAGCGUUCCUUCGUUGCUUCGUGGCAACGAUGACAUUAAGGCCCCUAAGUGUAGCACACAAUACGCGCCACCAGUGGGAUAUCUAGGAAUGAGCCCGAUGACGUCAAAAGUCCUGAGUACAAGUAAUCGCUAUUAAUCAAAAUAGCUAUGAAAAUAAAACACGUAAUAAAAUACUGCUUGUGCAUUACUGUUUGAUUCGCCAAAAAAACUUCUUGGUGUUACCAUGGAGGACGGCGCGGCUGGUCCAGAAGUUGCGUUAUCUCCGGGGUGCGCUCCACUGACACAUGUCGUGUCUCGGUGAUAGUUUCAAGCUUGCGUAGACCUAUCUCGAGGGUAAUUUCAUUAUCGCACAUCGCUAUGUGGGCUUUGCUAGCUCUCCAGACUCGAUCUAACUGCAAUUUAUAGAAAAUGCCGCGUCAACGUAAUGCCUUCGGGUGCUCGCAAAGUGUACGCCACUUGACCCAGAGCAGCUGCAGCAACGAAAUCGACGACUUUCCAAUGGGCGCCACGCAGGGAGCUCCUACGCCCGAAAUUUCUAACUGCCGAACUUCUGCGAGAGUGGGGUGAACAACAAAAAAUUACUUGCGUGCUCGAUGUAUUUUCGUGCAGAGCAUUACUA